AUGCUGAUUAAUGCUGUAGAAGUGUGGCAUGGUAUUGCUUUUUAUUUGUUCUUUUGGGGCACAUUUACAUUUUGUAUAUUCUCUUGCUCAUUUCUUUCCGCAACUGGGGCUUGCUUAAUUCAGGGACGUAUAAAUAAAUGUUUUGAAAAUCGAUAAUUCAUGUUCUGGAUAUAUAUAAAGCAGACUUUAGUCCUACUCUAUUUGCAGUUCAACGAUUAAUCAGAAAUAAGUGUAUUAU